GUUCAUGGAGAUGCCGCAGAGGGCCGUGAAGCUGAAUGCUGUCAGCUACAACUCGGCCUUGAGUGCGUGCGACAAGGGUGGACAAUGGCAGCUCGUCCUUGGCAUGUUCCGAUCCAUGCCCAGGUCAAAGAUCCGCCCAGAUGUGGUCGCGUACACUGGAGCGAUCCGUUCCUGCGACCACAGUGGGCAGUGGCAGCAAGCACUGCAGCUUUUUGAUGACAUGCUCCAAAGCGAAGUCGCGCCGGAUGUCAUCGCCUGCAGUGCCUUGAUCAGCUGCUGCAAGGGCGGGCAGUGGCAGCUAGCCCUGGCGGUGCUGGACAGAAUGCCAAAGGCCAAGAUCGCUCCGAAUGCCAUCAGCUACACUUCGGCCAUGGGUGCCUGCGAGAAGGGUGGGCAGUGGCUCUGGGCGCUGGAACUCUUCAGCCAGCUGUCCCGCUCCAAGCUCACUCCCAAUGCCAUCAGUCACAGCUGUGCCUUGAGUGCUUGCCAAUCGGGGGCACAGUGGCAGCGUGCUUUGGUGCUUUUCGGCGAAAUGUUCCAGAUGCAGCUAUCACCGGAUGUUGUGAGCUACAGCGCUGCGCUGGCCGCGUGCGCUCGGGGUGGUCGCUGGCGGCUGGCUAUUCAUUUUUUCGAAGGAAUGAAGGAUCACCGGAUCCGGCCCAAUGUCGUCGCCUACAAUGCGGCUCUGGAUUGCUUGCAGCAGCGGGAGGCGGGCGACUCCCUGCUGCACGAGGCGAUACGGGAUGGCAUUUUUGAUCCACUGCGACGGGAGACUCCCUGUGACAUGCUGGAUCUCCACGAGAUGUCCUCCGGGUCAGCACGGGCCGCCAUUCUCUGGUGGCUCCGGGACGUCCUUCCGCCGCAGCUGGGGGAUGCCGACAGCCUCGCGUGCACCAUCAUCACGG